UUGACCACGUGACAUUUGAAUUUGACACAGCUCUGCCACCAAGUUCCCACCAGAGAUUAUUAAUAAAGACGAUUCUAAUUUUCUGUGUUGUGUCCGGCAGUUUAUACUUCCUUCCAACAAAGGACUCCGUGAUGCUAGAUAAAGGGACGCUGCUGGAUGAAGAGAAGCUCUGUGUUGAAAGAUUCUCAGAGAGCGAUUUUUCGAAUAACAAUCCUAAACCUGAAAGUGAUAUUGCUGAUGUGGACCAUCAGAACAAUUCUUCGGACGAAACAGACUUUGUCUCACAACCCCAACAAAUAUCGUGUCCACUCAAUGGUUUGUCAACUGGGAAUGAUGUCCCAAAGAUACUCUCGAAAGACUUGCGGAAGGAGAAACUUACAUGUAUGACAGCUCUUUUCCCUCUGGCUCAACAGGCGUCGAUACAAAAUGAUCAGACCAGUGCCUCAUUUAGUAUGGACACUUUUGUUAUAAACGAACAGAAGCUUCAUGUACAUGCAAAUUAUCUCGAUAGACAUGCCCUCAAGCAGCACUUUACCGCCACUACUGGUCAUUUUGGCACCUACACACAUUCUUUUUCUACUGAAAAAAUAUUCUCGCUGUCAUUGGAUACCACUGUCUGGCAAUUUAAUUCACCCACAAUCCCACAUUACUACGCGAUUUCCUACAGUCAUUAUGAUGCACACACUCCCUUGAUGCUUGAAGCAAAUAGUUGUAACUCUGGUCGAAAAGGAAAACGGGUGCGAGCUAAACGAAGUUCCAACUCCUCGAAUUCGCAGCAUGCUUCUUCCAACAACUCAGCUUCCACUUUCACGGGGGGAAAAAGUGUCUCUGGUAGUGGCUGCGGGGGAGGGGGCGAUGAUGACAAAGAUAAGAAAGAACAAAAGAAAAUUCCCCGUCCUCCCCCACCUGGAACUCAUAAAUUUAGAGCUUGGAUGCGUAAAAAACAGAAAAAAACUCGCAAACUUAGCACUUCAAAGUCUGUCAAACCUCACGUGAUACCCGUAGAUGAAAAGGAUGAUACACAGCUGCAAAGUACUUCCAGGCCUCCAAACAAAGAAACUAGUCUAGUUAAAGAUAAUUGGCCACAGGCACAACAAUCUUCACACCCUUUUCAUGGCUCGCUUGUACCACCCAGCACUCAGCAUCACACGCAUAACCACAAGCAUAAAAGUCUUGAGCGAAAGCAAUUCGAAGUUUUGAUUCCCCCUACAAUAAAAGCUACCAAUAUAGCAACCAAACCAGUUUCUUCCAAGCUACCCAAAAAUUCACAGAAUGAGCAAGGAAUCAACAAUCGUAGGCAAUCUUCUGCACUGAUCCUCCCUGGCUUGUCGUAUGCUCAGGUGGUGGUGAAAGGUGUCCCACUAGAAGUCACAGUACAUCCGAAAGAACCACCUUUGAACACUACGGACAAGGUUGGUGCAAUAAUGGUUACUGGUGCUUUGGAAACAUCAGCAAACGGUGAUCCUAAAGUACCCCCACCCCCGUCUACUUCUGGUACUUACGAUACAGGUCACCAACAACCCGUUUGUCCACUUUGCAAUGAUUUGCAAGAACGAUAUUCUAUUCUCCCAGCUGACCAUCAUGAUCUUCUAGUAUAUGCAGUACCACGAUACAAAGAGUUUGAAUGUUUAGCCGGUAAUGCCCAAGAUCCUCCACUUCAUGUCAACCCAAUCCCUCCAGUUCCAGAUGAUACUCUACCUGUGGAAAUUGAUAUUGCCAUACCUAUUGAGGGUGAAGAUGUUCUAGCAGUUAAUUUUCUUCUCGGACCGCCACCCGCCCACUUCCCCGAUAUUGAACUCGAUAACGAGCAGCAAGGACAACAAGCUGGAAUCAUUCAUCAUCAAUUGCACGUAAUGGCUGGUGGUGUGCAACCAGUGGAGGGGGGAAACCCGGGCUCAGUUGCAUACACACAGUCAGGAAUCGUUGAGGUGCCAGACGAUGACAAUGGGUUUAUACCAGUUCUGCUUCCAACGACACACUAUAGCAACGAGUACAAAGAUCUCUUUAGAUAUUAAUUCAUUUGUCUGUCUGUAUAAUUAUGAUGUUUUAUAUAAUUUGUAACAAGUGUGUAAACGUUAAACAGUCUGCUUCUAACGACACACUAUAGAAAAAUCUAUGUUUUGUCUGUCUGUGUAAUGUUUUCAAUUAUGCCACGUUGUGUGCAUGUAAACAAAGAUGUGUUGUUUUUAUAUUG